CGGCGCGGACUGGGGCAGCCUCUGUCGAGAGACGCCAUGUCAGAUGAGAGCUGCAAGAAGCCGUACGCUUCGGGAAGGAGAUGCGAUAAAUGAAUAAUACACAAAAACACCUGCAGGAUAUAGCCAAGUAUUGCUACUUGAGCGUUUGAACGGGUAAGAAGCUGAGCACGGGAGACAUGGCCAGUCUGUCAAGGAUAGUAACUUGUAUAGAAAAUGCAGCAAAAAAUGGAAUAUGGAAAAUGCUGACUUGGGCUGAUAAAUGCUGAUGGGAACAGCUGAUGAGUUAGUUCCUCUUGCAGUUUUGAGCAAAGGUGGAUGUUGAAGAUUUCCCCUGAACACUAGAGGACCCACCGCAAUCCCAGAAGUGCCCAGCGGAGAGGCCAAUGGCGUCGAAGUCGUCCCUGCUGAAGGUCAUCCUGCUGGGGGACGGGGGCGUGGGCAAGAGCUCCCUCAUGAACCGCUACGUCACCAACAAGUUCGACACGCACCUCUUCCACACCAUCGGCGUGGAGUUCCUCAACAAGGACCUGGAGGUGGACGGGCGCCUGGUGACCAUGCAGAUCUGGGACACGGCGGGACAGGAGCGCUUCCGCAGCCUCCGGACGCCCUUCUACCGCGGCUCCGACUGCUGCCUGCUCACCUUCAGCGUGGACGACAGCCAGAGCUUCCUCAACCUGGCCAACUGGAAGAAGGAGUUCAUCUACUACGCCGACGUCAAGGAGCCCGAGAGCUUCCCCUUCGUGGUGCUGGGCAACAAGCUGGACGUGGCGGAGAGGCAGGUGGGCGCCGAGGAGGCCCAGCAGUGGUGUCGGGACAACGGGAACCACCCGUACUUCGAGACCAGUGCCAAGGACGCCACCAACGUGGCGGCGGCCUUCGAGGAGGCGGUGCGGCGGGUGCUGGCCGCCGAGGACAGGGCGGAGCACCUCAUCCCCACGGACACGGUCAACCUGCACCGGAAGCCCCGCUCUAGCGCCUCCUGCUGUUGAUUGCCGGCGCGAAACUGCGGUUUUUUUUUUCCUCGUACCCCCCAGCAUGCAACUUGAGGCAUGGCCUAACCCCCCCCCCCCCCCCACCCCCCUCCUCCUCCUCCUCCUCCCCCUCCCCCAGGAAAGAUUGGGGGUACAUUCAGGAGCCAGAACAUCACGUGGAACACGAUGAGAUGAUGGGCGGAGCCCAGAGGUUUAGAGUUUUUCUGAAGGGUGUCGGACAAGCUCUGAACUCCAACUCCCAUCAGCCCCUUUGAGAAAAGCUGUGUGGUGCUUAGCCAGUUGAGCGUGCCCUUGAUUUGUUUGGCAUGAGUACAGCGCUCCCAUCCGCACGUGUCCCCGCUUGGCCUGGCGCCCCUGAGUAAGAAUCCUCAGUGUAAUUAGAAGCUCAUUUAUUCCUGGAUGUGUGGGAUUAUAGGGUGGGGUGUGGAGGGUAGGCUUCUGAAGCCAUAGGGGGGACUUCCAGGUCAACUGUGUAGUAUUUAAUAAAAGUAUAAAUAUUGUCUAACUCUUACAUGUCCUAAUAUAAAGAAAUGACACGGUAAUGGAGGUCUGGAGCUGUUUCUAAUGAUGACGUCAGGAUGUCGGAGAGAACAGCUUCCUUUACGUCACGGUCUGAAGGCCGACAGGAAGAGGCACCUCAGCCGUACUGACUGUUUCCUCCUCCAUAGCAGAAAUUAGUUUGGACCGGGGCCCAAAAUGAGCCCCUCUUGCUUAUUAUGUAGAUCAGAUUUAGAGAUGGAAAAAAACAAUUAAAAGGUAUGUCAAUUUGCUUAAGAUCUAGUAAAAAAUAAAAUAAAUAAAUAACUAAGAAAAAUGAUUUCAAUGUUAAGCUCUGGAACAUAUUUCAUAUGGCUACAUUAUACAUGCUAUCUCAGUUGUCAGAAGAAAAAAUUCUUGGUGUUGAUUAUUUUAAUGAAACAGCAAUUUGUUUACCUUAAAUUGAAGGAUUACACAACGGUGCCAAAUGUAACACUGUCUCUAAUGAAUUGUAACAUAACUCAAUUAUAUUGACUGACUAAAGUAAUUUAUACAGUCUUCCCAUUUUUGUCUGACCUCAGAAGUGUUGGUCACUUUCUAAUAAAAAGCACUAGUGUUCCUACUUUAUAGUACAGAGAUAGACGUUGGACAAAAACAAUUGUUAGCAGGAAUAUUCUUAGUAAGCAGGACUACUCAUCAACCAUGUACUGUUGGGGGGGGGGGGGGGGGGGUGGGGGGGGGACUGUGUGUUCUUUUGGACUUUGCAAAAAAUGUCCUUUUGCCGGCGAGAAUUUGCAAACGCAAGAGGGAAGAGACAUCGGAGCGGAAAAGCCUGGCUGUGUUCUCAUGCAUGAAAAGAUUCUGCUGUUUACAUUACCACUAAUAAACUGAAAAAGAUGUUUUACUGCACAAA